UCACAGAUUGCAUUCUCGUUCUAACAAGCCAGCAAUACACAGGAAGUUUUGUUGUUCAGUUAGAACUAUACACUUUUAAAGCAAAAUGUUGGACGAGGAAUCUGUAAAGGAAGGUAAGGUUUGCGAGCCAAAAACAUGGGAUGGAUUGGACUGGGAGUGGUUGCGUUCCGUGCCCACGUGGUAUUUCGUGUAUUGGAGUCGCCUCGACUUGUACAGGAGUGCAACAUUUAUGACUCAGCGCCCUAUCAACACUCUGACGGAGGAUGACGUUAUGAAGGCAAAUUGUGUUUGGGAUGCCAAAAAUUCCAAGCUGUCCGCAUUUGGAGUCAAGGAUCUGGACUUCUCCCUCGUGUUGGAUGAUGAAAAGAGAGUAGUUUUUGGAGAGGAUCGUCAAACCUUAGUGUUCUCGGAUAACAAGAGUUACAUUUUUGGCGCGACAGAUUGGGCCGACGGCCAGCAGUCUUGGGGCUUAUGGAUGACGGAAAAAGAACUAACGAACGACCUGAAAGAAAAAGCUUUAAGUCACGCCAAACAGCUGGGAUUCGACACAAAAUUGGCAGUUGAAACGAAAUUUACUGAUUAGAUUUCCUUAAAAAAUUGGAGAAUACUGGAGGUAUAGAUUUUGACCCAAAUUAGUUAUAAUUGGUUUGUUUCUGUUAUACUUUGUCGAACAAUGAUAUUAAUUGCAUUUUUCUGUUCAAACGAAUAAAAAUUAGGAAUAUUUGCCUGUCUGCAAAUUGUCA